CUCUCCUCCCUGUUUCUGCUUCCUCGGCGUCAAUGAAGCUCUAAAAACUUCCAUUGGAAAAUCGCUGGUGAUCCAGCUAAGUUUCUUCUUCUAAUUUUCUUUUCCUUUGUGUUCUAGAAUAUGCUUCUGUGAGUUUCGGAUUUCGAGAAGCUUCUGGAAGAAAUUUCGAUUCACAUUGCGAUGGGAAGUGGAGAUGAAGUUGUGGAAAUUGAGAGCUUGGAGAGAGGUUUGUUAUCGGAUUCCGGUCCGGUGGAGGAGAGGGAAGAGGAAAAUGAACCGGUAAUUUAUGCGGCAUCAUUCCAGGAGAUGGAGGAGAAUUUCGUAAAGUAUCUGACGGCGAAAUGGGUUCUGUAUUCGUUGCUUUUGAUAUUGGCUUGGGGCAUUGGAUUGUUCAUGUUGCUAUAUUUGCCUGUGCGGAGAUAUAUUCUGCGGCAAGAAAUCCGGUCCAGGAAGCUCUAUCUCACCCCAAAUUCUAUAGUUUACAAAGUUACUAGGCCAGUGCCAUUUCCUUGUUUUGGGGUUUUAAAGAAAGAGAAGCAUGUUCUGUUACCUUCAGUUGCGGAUGUUGUGAUUGAACAAGGAUACUUGCAGUCUUUUUUUGGUGUUUACUCUGUUAGAAUUGAGAAUGUUGGUGUCAGAAGGCCACGAAGUGAUGAUGUGCAAAUCCUAUGUGUUGCAAAUCCAACUGCUUUUAAGAAGGCUGUUUCAACACAACUGUCAAAUACGAGAAGUGAAGUUUUCUCACAACGACUUUCUGCAACUGAAGAUAUUCCAAGUUUGAGACUUGGUCCAUCAGCAGCUGCUUGGCUUUCUCCAUCAAAGUCUCUUCGGCAUGAUAGUAUUUCCCAUUCAGUGGACAUAGCACUACUACAAAAACUAGAGGAGGUUGAAAGCUCAGUCAAGAGAGUUCAAACUCUAAUUGAGGAGCAACAUUUUCAGGCAUCGGUGGUUGAUUGAGGGAACAGCUUGAGAUUAAGAAUCAGAUCAAGGUUUUAUACAGUAGCAGUCAUGAGCCAACCAUAUAUUUGUAUCUUUUUCUGGGUUGCCAUUCCAGGAGUAACAUUAUACAGCCUCAGGAGUAUUGCUGGGUCAAGUACUGAAUGAGAUUUAUUCAUUGGUUUUUUAGGCUACUACAUUCCGGCUUAUUGAUUUUCUAUUCAUUAAAUUAAAUGUAAUCUUUAGUUGCUCAUUCAGUUAUAGGAAAAGGAGAAGAGAUCUCCAUGUGUGUUCCUCUGAAACUAGUUUGCCUCUGCUUUAUUUUGUUGUCACUUUAAUUCUUGGGGUUUGUAUUAUAGUGGCUUGUUUCAUCAUUUUGUCUUUCAGUUUGCUAUUUUAUAAAGUGGUUGAGAUGUUUUGUUGUGAAACAAUUUAUGUAAUUUCUGCUACUUGUGAUGAUUAUGAUUUAAUACAUAUAUAUUGAAAAUUCAGGCAACCAAAUGCCAUGCAGGAGGCAAAAACUUCAGAAUUUGGCUUACCCAUGAUGACUUUAUGCUGAACUCCCUGAGUUUAAUUAUUAGCAUGUGAUGAGUUCAUACAAUUUCACACCGACGCAAUAUUUUCCAUUGUUUCCUCUCCCUCUUUUAGGAAUUCCUUUUUGGCAGACCUAUUAAUAGUUGAAAUCAAAAGGAGAAUGGAUG